ACUAUUACAUAAAUUUUAUAGGAUUUCAAUGUAGAUCCUCCUUUUUCUAAAUAAUAAUAAUAAUAAUAAAACAAAACGCAAAAAGAAAACCCUGCUCUCUCUCGUAACUCAACCGCCGUCACUGUCACAUCGCCGUCGUCUCUCAAGCUCUCUCGCCGUGCUGUGUUGUUCCCUGUCCCACUGCGUCGUUCUUGUAACAACAAGACAAAGCACCGACGAUAAGCUACGCGACUGCCUUUUUAACCCCAUAGCCCACUGUUUCAGUCGACAAUUGCUCCGCCGCGUGGAAUCCUACACGUCCCUGCCGCUGCAUCCAAACCGCUGGUAUAUCUCUUCAUCAUUUCAUGCCUUCCACUUUCAAUCCGUAUCUUUCUUUUAAAUCAUGAAUAACAUUGCUGGGAGACCACUUAAUGGAGUCGUAGUAGAAGAUGAUGAUGAAGAUGAGGCUAAUGGUGAUGGCCUUGAAGCCUGGGAGAGAGCUUAUACAGAAGAUAGAUCUUGGGAGUCUUUGCAGGAGGAUGAAUCUGGACUUCUUCGCCCCAUAGAUACUACUGCCAUUCACCAUGCCCAGUAUCGCAGGCGCCUUCGUGCUCUUGCUGCAACAGCAGCUACUGCACGAAUUCAGAAGGGUUUGAUACGAUACAUGUACAUUGUUGUAGACCUGUCCAAGGCAGCUUCAGAGAGGGACUUUCGGCCAAGUAGGAUGGCUGUGAUCGCGAAGCAGGUUGAGGCAUUUAUCAGGGAGUUCUUUGAUCAGAAUCCACUAAGUCAUGUUGGUUUGGUCACUACAAAAGAUGGGGUUGCUCAAAGCUUGACAGAUCUUGGUGGCAGUCCUGAGUCCCACAUCAAAGCUUUGAUGGGUAAACUAGAAUGCUCAGGUGAUGCCUCCCUACAAAACGCUCUAGAUCUUGUUCAUGACAAUCUAAAUCAAAUCCCAUCAUAUGGUCAUCGAGAAGUUCUGAUUUUAUAUUCGGCCCUCAGUACAUGCGAUCCUGGUGAUCUCAUGGAAACUAUCCAGAAAUGCAAAAAGAGUAAAAUAAGAUGCUCUGUCAUUGGUCUUGCAGCUGAAAUGUUUAUAUGCAAGCAUCUUUGCCAAGAAACUGGAGGAACGUAUUCAGUUGCACUAGAUGAGUCCCACUUUAAAGAGUUAAUUCUAGAGCAUGCUCCACCACCUCCAGCAAUAGCAGAGUACGCUACUGCUAAUUUAAUUAAGAUGGGUUUCCCGCAAAGAGCAGCUGAGGGUUCUGUUGCAAUUUGUACAUGUCAUGAGGAGGCAAAGACCGGAGGGGGAUAUACUUGUCCAAGAUGCAAAGUUCGUGUCUGUGAGCUUCCUACAGAAUGCCGCAUUUGUGGAUUGACCCUUAUUUCUUCGCCCCAUUUGGCAAGGUCGUAUCAUCAUCUCUUCCCUAUAGUGCCGUUUGUUGAGAUCUCUCCAUCGUCUCAAAAUGAUCCAAGCCACAAUUUUCCCAAUAUUUGUUUUGGUUGUCAAGAAAGUCUUCUUAGUCAUGGAAACAAGCCUGAACUUUCUGUCUCUUGUCCAAAAUGCAAACAACAAUUCUGUCUUGAUUGCGACAUCUACAUUCACGAGAGCUUACAUAAUUGCCCAGGCUGUGAGAGUUUCAGGCAUUCUAAGUCAGUUACUAUUGCCUAAUGAUUGUCAUCGACUAACACCCUCCGAUCACCUAAUCAAAAUGAAACAGGCAAUGCUUUGCAGCGCCUAAAACAUAAGUGUUAUUAUUUAUACAAGGGUGAUAUUUUUUUCUUUUCUUAUUUUAUACUGUAACAAAUUCUUAUAUUUUCCCUUCUUUUGUUCUCCGCUGGAAAUUGAAGCACAUGUAAUGUUAUUUUAAUCAAUGGAGGCUGACACUACUGUUCUUGCUAACUGAAUAUAUUUUUAAUAUUCAUUGCUAAAUUUGUUGUAAUA